UGAACUGUUUGAUCCUUUUUUCCAAUGGACAACCCAGCAUUUGAAAUACAUGAAGAUGGAGCACAGAAUAUUUUGUCUGUGGGAAAGAUGAGCACCAUAUCCAGAAUGGAAAAGAAGAAGCAGUGGUCAUUAGUGAACAUUUUCCUCACAUGUCUCUUGGCCUGCUUUGCCACCGCAGCAAUGGGAAUAUUGAUUGUCUCCUUGGUUUACCUUAACUCCCAGCCUCACUUAAAUGUUCAGAUUGAACCUGCCUGGCCUCUACAAACAACAGUAGUUCCCAAAGUACAAAAGGCUGUUGACCCCAAAUUCCAGUUUCUUAACCAUUUACUGCAGUCAAAGGUGUUUGAGUUUCCUGGUGGUGCAAUCCAGUGGGCCCGGUACAGGAACAAUAUCAAAGACUAUCUCAGUGAUGAAGAAGAGGCCUUUGGCACCAGCUUGAACAAUCAGAAAUCAGAGAUGACUCUGGGGACUCUGAGAAUAAAAAGCCAGGGCAUCCGGGCCCCUCACUGGCACUUUAAUGCUAAUGAACAUGGCUAUCUGGUACAGGGUACAGCAUGGAUUGGGGUGGUUGAUGAUGGUGGUGAAGUAGCUACCACAUACAAUGUCACAGCUGGCCAAGUAAUCUUCUUCCCUAAAAAUACCCUGCACUGGAUUAAGAACGUGGGUAAUGAAGACUGCUUUUUCUUACUCUUCUUUUCUACACAUGAUGAACUGCAGACUCUGGAUGUCGAUGAUGUAUUUUUCUCUACACCUGAAGACAUUGCUUCCAGGUCUCUUAAGCCUGAAGGUGGAAUUAGUUUCAUUAGAAAAUUUCAUAAGCAAACAGAAGACCAAGGGGUUAAUCUUCCUCAGAACUUAGCAGAGCUGGUUAUGAAUGCUAGUUACAUACAAUCUCCAGAUAACCUUGUGUGUAGAUACUUUUUUGACCUUAAAGGUUCAAGAGAAUAUCAAUUUCCAGGAGGAGUAAUACAAAAGGCACAUUAUUGGAAAAAUGGAAAUGACCUAAGCAACAAUGAAAAAAUUUUCAGUGAAUUCCUGAAUAAGCAUGAAAAUGCUCUCAGUUUGAGUACACUCAGAAUUUACAACAAUGGAUUACGACAACCACAUUUUCAUUUUAAUGCAAAUGAAAUGGGAUAUGUAUUAAGUGGCUGCGGAAAGGUGGGUAUUAUUAAUACUCAGAGUACUAUAGAAUUUAACAUCCACGUUGGAGAUGUGAUAUUUUUCCCCAUUGGAACCCAGCAUUACAUUAAGAACACAUGUGAUGAGGAUUUGCUUUUUAUUCUUGCCUUCAGCACUGCAGACAAGAUCUCUCCAUGCUCAUACUCAGUAUUCUUCCUUAAACCAAGAAGCUCUACAUCUGGGAUGAGGCCUUCCAUUAAAGCCAAGGAAGUCACGACUGUGUGUCUGUCUGAUCAGAGCAGACUGAACUGAUCACCAACAAUUUAGAAGGAUUACCUGGAUUUAUGCCAAUUUUGAGCCCUAUUUCUACAUGCUAGACAAGAAAUUAUGUCUGAGCAGGCAGUGAAAU